AGCCGACCGGAAAGAGACGGAAGGAAAGGAGACGCCCACCUUGCUACGGUGGCCGGAAAGGAGUGGCGAAGGCGGGGCGGUAGAAUUCAUUAUUUCUGGGACUCACAGUCGUGAUGUCUUUCAAGAGAGAAGGGGACGAUUGGAGUCAACUCAAUGUGCUCAAAAAGCGAAGAGUCGGGGACCUGCUGGCUAGUUAUAUCCCGGAGGAUGAGGCGCUGAUGCUACGGGAUGGACGCUUUGCUUGUGCUAUCUGUCCCCACCGACCUGUCCUGGACACGCUGGCCAUGCUAACUGCCCACCGUGCAGGCAAGAAACAUCUGUCCAGCCUGCAACUUUUCUAUGGCAAGAAGCAGCCAGGAAAGGGAAUGGAGCAGAAUCCAAGACCGCAGAAUGAAUUGGAGAGGGAAGAGACCAAAGCGGAGGCUCCUCUGUUAACCCAGACGCGGCUGAUCACCCAGAGCGCUUUGCACAGAGCCCCUCGUUACAACAGUUGCUGCCGCCGGAAGUGCAGACCAGAAGCCUCUCGUCCCUCUGUCUCCCGCCCCCCUUUGCCACCCCCAGAGGUGGAACUCCCAAGUGGGCAGAUCGGUAGGGACCCUGAGCCUGGGGCAGGUCCACAGGCUGAGGAGUCAGCCGCUGUCUCAUCCCCUGCACCUGUGAGCCCCACAAGGAGACGAGCCCUGGACCGUUACCUCACCCUCCGGAGCUCUGGAUGGAUCCCAGAUGGACGAGGUCGAUGGGUAAAAGAUGAGAAUGUUGAGUUUGACUCUGAUGAGGAGGAACCCCCCGAACCCCCUUUGGUCUGACACCCACUUUUCCCAUUUAGUUCACAAAUAAACACAGUGGGCGCUGGGAGCCUAACUUGC